CGCUGUAAAGCAAGAAGCACUUGGGAUCGUCCGCAGGUUUGGGACUGCUACAGAGGCCGCCACGGAGCCCUCCGGAGCCACCGUUCCUCUUGCUGCUGCUGCCGCUGCCCGAAUUGGGACUGUCGGGCCGCAGCCGCCGGCAAUGCCGCGAAGGAAGUGUUAAUACAGACCCACGGAGUAAAUGUUUUCUGUGCUAAUGUCUGGAUCUAUGGUGUUACAGAGGAAUGCAGGCAGUAGUUCAGAUGGAACCGAAGAUUCCGAUUUUUCUACAGAUCUCGAGCACACAGACAGUUCAGAGAGCGAUGGCACAUCCCGGCGAUCUGCCCGGAUCACCCGCUCCUCAGCCCGGCUGAGCCAGAGUUCCCAAGAUUCCAGCCCUGUUCGAAAUUUGCAGUCUUUUGGCGCCGAGGAGCCUGUUUAUUCUACCAGGAGAGUGACCCGUAGUCAGCAGCAGCCGACCCCGGUGACUCCGAAAAAGUACCCCCUUCGGCAGACACGUUCUUCUGGCUCAGAGACUGAGCAAGUGAUUGACUUUUCAGAUAGAGAAACUAAAAAUACAGCUGAUCAUGAUGAGUCUCCACCUCGAACUCCAACUGGAAAUGCACCUUCUUCUGAGUCUGACAUAGACAUCUCCAGCCCCAACGUGUCUCAUGACGAGAGCAUCGCCAAGGACAUGUCCCUGAAGGACUCAGGCAGUGACCUCUCUCAUCGCCCGAAGCGCCGUCGCUUCCAUGAAAGCUACAAUUUUAAUAUGAAGUGUCCUACACCAGGCUGUAACUCUCUGGGACAUCUUACAGGAAAACAUGAGAGACAUUUCUCCAUCUCAGGAUGCCCACUCUAUCACAACCUCUCAGCUGAUGAAUGCAAGGUGAGAGCACAGAGCCGGGAUAAGCAGAUAGAAGAAAGGAUGCUGUCCCACAGGCAAGAUGACAACAACAGGCAUGCAACCAGGCAUCAGGCACCAACAGAGAGGCAGCUGCGAUACAAAGAAAAAGUUGCUGAACUCAGGAAGAAAAGAAAUUCUGGGCUGAGCAAAGAACAGAAGGAGAAAUAUAUGGAACACAGACAGACCUACGGGAACACUCGGGAACCUCUUUUGGAAAACCUGACUAGCGAGUAUGACUUGGAUCUUUUCCGAAGAGCACAAGCCCGGGCUUCGGAGGAUUUGGAGAAGUUAAGGCUACAAGGCCAAAUCACAGAGGGGAGCAAUAUGAUUAAAACAAUUGCUUUUGGUCGCUAUGAGCUUGACACCUGGUACCAUUCUCCCUAUCCUGAAGAAUACGCGCGACUGGGACGUCUCUAUAUGUGUGAAUUCUGUUUAAAAUACAUGAAGAGCCAAACGAUACUCCGCCGACACAUGGCUAAGUGUGUGUGGAAACACCCGCCCGGCGAUGAGAUCUACCGCAAAGGCUCAAUAUCCGUGUUUGAAGUGGACGGCAAGAAAAACAAGAUCUACUGCCAAAACCUGUGCCUGUUGGCCAAGCUUUUUCUGGACCACAAGACAUUGUAUUACGACGUGGAGCCCUUCCUGUUCUAUGUUAUGACAGAAGCGGACAACACUGGCUGUCACCUGAUCGGAUAUUUUUCCAAGGAGAAGAAUUCAUUCCUCAACUAUAAUGUAUCCUGUAUCCUUACCAUGCCUCAGUACAUGAGACAGGGCUAUGGCAAGAUGCUCAUUGAUUUCAGUUAUUUGCUUUCCAAAGUGGAAGAGAAAGUUGGCUCCCCGGAACGUCCACUGUCAGACCUGGGGCUCAUAAGCUACCGCAGUUACUGGAAGGAAGUGCUGCUGCGGUACCUGCACAAUUUCCAAGGCAAAGAGAUUUCUAUCAAAGAAAUUAGCCAGGAGACAGCUGUGAAUCCUGUGGACAUUGUCAGCACUCUGCAGGCCCUGCAGAUGCUCAAGUAUUGGAAAGGAAAGCACCUAGUUUUAAAGAGACAGGACCUGAUUGACGAGUGGAUAGCCAAAGAGGCCAAGAGAUCCAACUCCAACAAAACCAUGGAUCCCAGCUGUUUAAAAUGGACCCCUCCCAAGGGCACUUAAAGUGACCUGUUACUCUGAGCCAGCGAACCCCAGCAGUAGGAAUCCGUACCCUAGGGAUCUGCCUGUCAUUUCUGUUGCUCCUGUGAUUGGCAAGUACAGUGUCCUUUGGGAAGGCCACCCCCUCAGGACUGUCCUGGCUCCGACCUUCAUGCACACUGCAGACGCUGGUUCUGAGGAACUGUUGUUUCGGCCUCAGUGAGGUUGCCCGGAUGGGAUCUAUGUUCGACCGGAGUGCAGGUCCCCCGCAGCACUGGCCCCCGGUGUUCUGUGUGCACCGUACCUGUCCGGUCGCCGCUUCUCUCCUCCUGUCCUCUUGCCCCAUGAGGUUGUGUGGUGUCUUCUGAACCCUGUCAUAGUGCUUCUGCCGCCUCGUCACCAGACCUCCAAAUAUAGUUGCCACUACCGGGACCUUUCCAAUUAUUCCUGACAUGUGUUUUUUGGAUGGGCAGGGAAGAGGUAACAUUUCUGUGUGUGUGUGCACCGGGGCGGGGGCGGGGGGGUCUCUUCCCUUUGGGUCUCAUCUCACUUUAAAUAUUUUCCUCCAUUUUAAUGGAAAGACCUGUUUUGACCAGUGUCAGGCUGACCAGAGCCACACGUUUCGGAAGUCCCACCCUGGGAUCAGUCUCGGUAACGGCACGUCAUCUCUCUGAAUGAGACAGAGAGAAGUAGGAGGCGGUGAUUCUGUAUUCUGUGCCGAGUUCACCGGAGGGCAGUGGGCCAUGUCCUGGUGGAAGGGAAUGAACACUUUUUACCUCACCAGAAAGCGCCCGGUAGUAAAUGUCUUCUUCCCACCUUGCUUCCUGCCCCUUUCUGUUUGCAGGUGCCAGAUAAUUUCAGUUAGUUCUCCCUUUCAUGCUGCACGUUAACCGGUUCGUUAACUGCGCAGCCCUUUUCACCAGUACCAGCCUGACCCCGCACACCCGUGCUUCCACGGAAGUUGCACUGAUUUCAUCCGGCACCCUCGGAGAAGUGGAAGCUGAUUGAGAAGUGUCUCAGCCCCUUCUCUUUUCAGCAGUGCCUCGCCCUCCUCCCUCCAGGGCCGACGUGUGUGUGCCCUUCCAAGAGCUCCGCCUCCAUCCAUUCCCUCUGUGGGGUUUGCCACGGCCCCUGUCCUCUGGUCUCCUGUUUUUGGUAUUUCAGUGAAAGAAGAGAUGCUCCCUCUGAUUUUGCUCCAGCCCUUUAUAACCUGCUAUCCCGGGGCAGCUUUUGAUGUAUGACAUGUCGCCCUUCCCGACUUGGUCGCCUCCACCACUGCUGUCUUCACGUGGAGCCCUCGCCACAGUCCCGACUCUGGUCAUUUGUGCCUUUCUCUCGUCGUCUCUGUACACUACUCACACUCCCGUGGGGUGGGGGAGCUCGUUUUAAGCAUGUUCGGUGGCAGCACCCUGCCAGUUUUAGCGUCACUUAAAACUUACCCAAAAGCGACUUCACUGGGGGUUUUCUUAAGGGGUGAAGGCCUUUUACAGAAGCUGACCCUUCCCCACACGUGGUAGAAUGUGCUGUUCUGUAUCUACUCCUCAAUAAAGCAUGUUCUCUGCUCAA